GAAACGACACUCAAACGCUUUAUAUUGCUUGAUUUGCUUUGCGUUUGCUAUCGACGCUCUCUUCACUCUUUAGGUUUUGCUCUCAAAACUCCACGGCGCAGAUCCGAGGUUGGGAAAACCCUAUCUCCCCCCAUAAAUAUCAACCGAAAAAGGCUCUAAUAAAACUACCCCUUUCCCCCCUCUCUUCAACAAACCCACUUUCCCAUCCCUAAUACACUCUUUCCCCCCUUUUCUCCUUUUCUCUUUGCUCUUUGCUCUUUUCAUCAGCUUCAAGUCAUGGCAGGUUUGGUACUGGAAGGAUCCCAAUUUGAUGCUCGCCAAUAUGAUCAGAAAAUGACUGAGUUGCUCCAAACUGAUGGAGAUGAUUUUUUCACAAGUUAUGAUGAAGUUCAUGACAGUUUUGAUGCUAUGGGACUUCAAGAGAACCUUCUGAGGGGUAUCUAUGCAUAUGGUUUUGAGAAGCCUUCCGCAAUUCAGCAACGUGGUAUUGUUCCAUUUUGCAAGGGUCUUGAUGUUAUUCAGCAGGCACAGUCUGGAACUGGGAAGACAGCUACUUUCUGCUCUGGAAUUUUACAGCAACUUGAUUAUGGUAUCGUCCAAUGUCAGGCUCUGGUUUUGGCACCCACUAGGGAGUUGGCACAACAGAUUGAGAAGGUAAUGCGGGCACUUGGUGAUUACCUUGGUGUUAAGGUCCACGCAUGUGUUGGUGGUACAAGUGUUCGCGAGGAUCAGCGCAUUCUUCAAAGUGGUGUUCAUGUUGUUGUCGGCACUCCUGGUCGUGUCUUUGAUAUGUUGAGGAGGCAGUCACUUCGCCCAGAUUAUAUUAAGAUGUUUGUCCUGGAUGAGGCUGAUGAAAUGCUUUCCCGUGGUUUUAAGGAUCAGAUCUACGAUAUCUUCCAACUGCUGCCAUCUAAGAUUCAGGUUGGAGUAUUUUCUGCUACAAUGCCACCUGAAGCCCUUGAAAUCACUAGGAAGUUCAUGAACAAACCUGUGAGAAUUUUGGUUAAGCGUGAUGAGCUCACCCUUGAGGGUAUCAAACAGUUUUAUGUGAAUGUUGAAAAGGAGGAUUGGAAGCUUGAAACCCUUUGUGAUCUCUAUGAGACCCUUGCCAUCACACAGAGUGUCAUCUUUGUGAACACUCGACGCAAGGUUGACUGGCUUACUGACAAGAUGCGUAGCCGUGACCACACAGUUUCCGCAACCCAUGGAGACAUGGAUCAGAAUACUCGUGAUAUCAUCAUGCGAGAAUUCCGCUCUGGUUCUUCUCGUGUUCUCAUCACAACUGAUCUCCUUGCUCGUGGUAUUGAUGUGCAGCAAGUCUCCCUUGUUAUAAACUAUGAUCUGCCGACUCAACCAGAAAACUACCUCCACCGAAUAGGACGAAGUGGAAGGUUUGGAAGAAAAGGUGUGGCUAUUAACUUUGUGACGAAUGAUGAUGAAAGAAUGCUGUAUGACAUCCAGAAGUUCUACAAUGUGAUAAUCGAGGAGCUGCCAUCAAACGUUGCCGAUCUCCUUUGAUAAGGUUACGUUUUUUAACCAUUGUUUGAGGCAAAGCGUUUUGUUGUCUUUGCAAAGUCGUAUUCAGCGUGCACUCUUAUUGUUUGUUUUGCUUUAUAGUGUGUUAAGUUAAUGGUGUUCCUCAACAUAUUUGACCAUUUUAAUGGUAUGGGUCCUGCACAUUU